AUGUUGACGAGAAUCGAGUAUACCAAACCGCUCAAAAUACUGCUGAUGUCCACCAAGCACAACGCGCUCAGUCAGCGAAUUGCACUGGAACUCCAACGGAAAAACUACAACAUCAAAAUCCAGGAAGUUCAAACAAGAGAAUGCAUGAUAUCCGCUGAGCAGAGAGAAAAUCCCGAUCUGAUUAUCUGUCCCUUCCUGAAGACGAGGAUCCCCAGGGAACUAUGGAGUAGGAAGCCCUGCUUGAUCCUGCAUCCGGGAAUAGAGGGGGACCGUGGAGCCACGUCUCUGGACUGGGCUAUCAAAGACAAGAGGGCUGAGUGGGGUGCCACCGUCUUACAGGCUGAUGAUCAGUUUGAUCAUGGUCCCAUUUGGAGUACGGGAAACUUUCCCAUGAACCGUCCUGACCAGAAUACCCUGACUAAAGCGAGUGUAUACGGGCACGAAGUUACGGACACAGCCGCUCAUUGCAUGACCCAAGCCAUAGAGCACUUCACCAACAGCACCCCUCCUCGGACCCUGGACUACAGCAGAGCGGAAGUGCAGGGUGAACUUGUACGCAACAUGCGACGACAGGACCGUGUCAUCAAUUGGAACGAGGAGCAGGAGAGUGUGGCUCUGCGUGUAAAAAUGUCUGACUCCUCUCCGGGCGCCAUUGCCAGCUUUCAACUGACUAGUGAUAGCCAGCCGUUCUGGAGUGAAUUGUUCCGGGCCUUCGGGGCACAUCUGGAGACGGGGGAUCUGAGGAACCUAAAGGGAGAGCCGGGGCAAAUCUUAGGACAGCGUGAUAACGCCAUCCUGGUAAAAUGUGGCAAGGGAGCCUUGUGGCUCUCGCAUUUGAAAUGUGACCUAAUCAAGCUCCCUGCUAUGACUUGGAUUAGAAGAAAAAACCCCCACUGUGACCACAUCCCAGUCCUGGAAGAGAACAUACUUACAGACAGCCGGGCACCUCUUCCCUUAGUGCCGUACGGUCAGACCCCAGCAACAUUCCACUUCCAGGAAAUUUGGGUUACCAUGACCGCAGACGGAGUGUUCUUUGUUAACUUUAACUUCUACAACGGCGCCAUGAGCACUUACCAGGCCAAGAAUUUGGAGUCAAUUCUACGACGAGUUGAAGAGAGUGGUCUUUGCAAAGUUAUCGUUCUUAAGGGUGGGUACAACUUCUUCAGUAACGGAAUAAACCUGAACACGAUUGAAAGCUCGUCCGAUCCAGUAAGUGAGUCGUGGAGUAACAUAAACGCUAUUAACGACGUCGUGCGCCGUAUUGCAACCAGCAGCAAGAUCACAAUCUCAGCUCUGCAAGGUAACGCUGGAGCGGGGGGUUUCAUGAUGUCACUUGCGAGUGACAUGGUGGUGGCACGACAGGGGGUGAUACUGAACCCCCAUUACCGGCGCAUGCAUCUCACUGGAUCAGAGUACCACACCUACUUCCUGGCUGAGCGGUUGGGUGAGGCGGAGGCGAGUCAACUGUUGGACACAGCAGAGCCUGUGCUAGCGGAGACAGCAGUGGAUACAGGGCUAGUGGACCAGGUGUUGGGGUAUGGUGUGGUGCAGUUUCAGGAGCAGGUGGAGGACCUGGCGAGACGGAUGGCCCGGUACGGUACAGUUCCACGGGUUACUUUGAGGAGGGAAGAGCGGAAGAAGGUACAGGACUUUCCUCAGUUACUGGAGCGGCGAAGGGCCAUGGAGCUGGAAGCCAUGGCAAGGGACUUUAGAGGGGCCUCGUACGCGGAGGCACGCCGAGCUUUUGUUCUUCAUUAG